AUGGAUGUGGGGCCUGAGCUCCUUGAGCAAGAGGUCACAGGCAGCAUCUGCCCGCUGCUGGGAGAGAAUGGCCCUUUUGAGUCACGGCCCAACACUGGCUGCAACGCAGCAAUCUGCCAAUGCAUGGAGAAGCAGCGACUAUGGCACGGGGCCAAAGGCUCCAACAGCCCUGUGCCAGACGUAGCACGAACCCGAGAUCGCGUUUUUUGCAAAGCGACUGUGAGCGUGACCCACGUUGAUGUGAAGACUGGCAAGUUUCAGGUUCGAAUGCUCUGCAACUGGGCGUUCCGAACGGCCAGUCCGAAAAACGAUACGGAGAUUAGCUACCGGGGCGUUCCAGGUAUCCGAGUUCCAGGUCUCCAGACCGAAGUUCAGGAGUCUCGUGUUUGGAAAGACCUGAACGACACGGAAAGCAGUACAAAGAACAGAACGAUCUUCUGGCGUGGCACCUCCAUCUUCUGGAUGACGGGGUUCAAGAAGUAUCCCGUCAGCGAAUUCCCCUUCGACAGGCAUGUGAUAUGUUUGCAGCAAAUAGAUUUUGUGUGGCGUGUCCACCGUGAUGAUGAUACAUUCUAUGACUCGAUGAAAGUAGCUUGGCUUGAAAUAGAGACAUCCUCUGUGCUGGCAGAAUGGUCGCCACUUCCUGCAGCUGUGCGACCUUGUGAUGAUGAAGAGAAACUGCCCUUGCGCGGGGAUGGCAAAGGCGCUACUUUACCCUUUGCAUCCAAAUUUCAGCUGCGCCUGCGGAUUGAGCGCAAGCACGGUUUUUACGUGCGGCAGAUCAUGGUGAUCUCUACCCUGAUUACGUUGAGUUCGUGCUCUCCAUUGGCAAUGCCUCCAACUGAGGAUCACAUGGGCGACCGUUUGUCCGUCUACGGCGGAGGACUCCUCACGCUGGUGGCGUUCAAAUACGGCAUCAUGGAUCAUCUGCCGAGCGUUCCCUAUUCAACGUUCACUGACGAUUUCCUGAUGGGCCAGAUCAUCACGGUCUCUUUUUGCAUACUUGAGUGCUUGGUUGUCUACAGGUACACCCUGGUGAAGACUUGGAUUGACGAGGUGGAAAACUACUUUCUCGUCCUAUUGGCCUUUGCGUGGGGCAGCCUGUUGAGUUACACCUGGCUGUACAAGCCAUCAGCCCGGAUGAAGUGGUGUAAAGUCUACGACGAGCAGAUGGACGACUUUGAGCAUGCUCAGGCAGACCCGCGAGUCUUUCCAAGCAAAAGCUCACGCCAUCUCUUGGAUCGUGUGGAUUGUACAAGUCCGGUACACACGACGGAUGAUGAAGUCCGCCAGUGGCCGCCUCCCGAACGUCUUGUUUAUCCUUCAUCCGCUUCUUCGUGA